AAUAUUUUAAAAUAAUUAUAUACACACAAAACUUUACUUUGUAUGCCUUCUGUGGCGGAGAUAUUGACUACCUCUUGACUCCGUAUAUGAAUAGUCAGGCCGAGCCUAAGGACGGGAAAGUUAACAGAGAAAAGACUUGUCCAUUAUUAUUGAGGGUUUUUUGUGGAAGCCUCAAGCAUAAUUCCUUAAGUGAUUACUCUCGUGGCAAAGCUCCGGGCAAUGAAUUGCAGAUCUAUACCUGGCUUGACGCCACUCUUAGAGAACUUUCUAAUCUUGUAAAACAGGUUAACCCUGAGGUAAAGCGAAAGGGGACAAUCUUUGAUUUCGCAGUCGUCACCCCGGACUCGCGCGCCCCUGUCUACAGACUCAAAAAUAUCGGAAGCGUUUGCGCCGGCGUGCCUUCUGAUGCUGAUAGGAUAAUGCUUAAGGACUGCCAAUUCUGCAUCGGAGACAUGAUAGAUGUUGCCAUUACCCCUCCGCAGGCCUCAUCCCAGUUCCACAUACGUAGCAGCACCCUAAACGCUCGUGGGGGAGUCAUUAGGAGGCAAAUUCGCACGUUUGCAGAAAGACCAGCUCAAUCUAGUGGUCCUUGGGCUGAA